AUGGAUCUAUGGGUCGCCAUCUUGACACCAUGUUACGGUCGGGUCAAGGCUCUGGUCAGGCAAGGAGCUGACUUGACCGAGGCUGAUCCACGAGGAGAGACACCACUCACGUUUGCUUCGCGAUUAGCAUCGCCCGACAUGGUCAAGAUUCUUCUCAAGGCGGGAGCUGACCCGGACUCUGACCCUAGCUUCCCACUCAACGCUGCCCUUGAGAAUGGCAGGCUAGUGUCGGCCAAGGCGCUGCUUAAGGCAGGGGCCAAUAUCAAUCGGGUUGAUCCCUCGACCGGUACCCCGCUGAUGUACGCGGUGCUCCAGAAUCAUAUGCAUAUCGUCAUGUUCCUUCUGCGGAACGGAGCUGACAUCAACGCCACAAAUGCAGAUGGGAGAAGCGCUUUGCAUGAGGCUGCGUCAGCGGGCCUACUCAUUAUGGUCGUGUUCUUGACAAUACACGGGGCCGAUUUAUGCGCGACUGCUCCAAUACGACACAACCCCAGCCACUAUUCGGCUCCUUUUACUCCUCUCGCUCAUGCAGCGCACUAUGGCCACUUCGGGAUAGUGACUUAUCUGGUUGAGAGAAUGGAGGCGAAGGGGGUCACCGCCGGCGACAGAGGCCUGGCUCUCUGCACCGCAGCUGGGAGCGGAUUCGUGGAUAUCGUAAAUCUGCUGCUAGAACACGGUUGGGAUAAGAUGGAACCACCCAGGGGAUCGCCGCCAUUGCUGUUCGCGAUCGCUAAAAAGAAACGAGCUACCGUUGACAUCCUCCUCCCCAAAGGUGCUGACAUACACGCAACACUUGGCCCGGAAGAGAAGACGGCAUUGCAUCUUGCCGCCGCCUGGGGCGAAACUCGGCUCCUCAGAAAUUUCAUCCGCCAAGGAGCAAACGUGGACGCCAGAACCAAGAUCAAAGGGAAAACGCCUCUACAUGUAGCGUCGCAAAACCGGUACCCUGUGUACGGUUUGAAGGCAGCGAGAGCUCUGUUGAACGCGGGCGCAGAUAUAGCCAGUUGUACAAAUGAUGGUCGAAACAUACUUCAUCUAGCAGCCUCGGUCGGCAAUGUACCGCUUCUCAGGAGAGCGCUGAGGCACGGCCUAGAUCCUGAUAGUAAGACGGGCCGGGGAUUGACGCCGCUGGCUAUUGCUGCAGAACAUGGCCAGCUCAGAUCCAUUGAUAUACUUCUGAGGUUGGGUGCAAGCACUGACGCCAGAUGCGACGAGAAUUGCACUCCGCUUCAUCUAGCAGCUGCUCAGGGGCAGUGGCGAGCGGUCGGCUUCCUCAUCGAGAACGGUGCUGGCUUGGAUCUUUUGAACUCCCGAGGCUAUAGUCCUCUUCAAGAGGCAAGAGAAAACCUCCAUAACGCUGCAGAGAUAGUCCUUCUGCAGGCAGGGGCAGCAGAGAAUCCUCUUCCGGAAAAGUCUUGA